ACAUUUUUACGACACCAAUAAUCACAAAACAUGGAUGUCUUGAUCACAAGAACACUUUUGAAGGUAAUAUGUUUCUUAAACUCUUUUGAAUAUGCUGAUAAUACGUGGUGCUACGCUAGAUGAGAAAUUAUGGGAAUUAACAGUAAAUCUACUACUGGUGUGCCAACCCUGCCACGUCCGCAAUUGAUUAGUCCACUCAGACAGGCGUGUAUCAGAUGUCUUGUGUGCCAUAUUUUGAAAGGGAAAAAAAAGGAUUUGCCACUGCUCUACUAAAAAAUAUUGAUUGACCAAACAAUCGACAAGUCGACUAAAUGGGGUCAGCCCUCAAACUCUGUCUUUUAACGAAUGGUCCUCUUGUUGAUUUCCUCCUCUCCUCCCUCCUUAUGGCAUUCUAAUGUCAUUGUCACCCUCUCUGUGCUCAGGUCUCAGGCUUCCAGGUUAGGAGGUUGGAGGGACACUCAGGAAAAUACUUCUGUUGGGUUGGCUGAGAGAUUGGGCUGGGGUUGUUGGCUCGACAACAACAGGCAGAAUGUUUUGAGUCCGUUGCCAAGCAAUGCAGCGGGUUUUGAUUUACGAUGACGUCUUCCCACUGGCAGCUUGUUGCAAUUAGUGAUGUGGUUGUGUGGUGUGGGGGGCAGUCAGGUGUUGGUGCCCCAGAAGGUGAGUGCUGUAUUGGGGAAGAACGUGACGUUGGGCUGUAGCGUGGAGGUGGAGGCCAACCUGAGUCUUACCCAGAGUUCCUGGGAGCGCCGGCUGCCCACAGGCUCGGUGACGGUGGCGGUGUACAACCCCGUGUUCGGUAUCUCCAUCCCCCCGGACUACGUUCGCCGCCUGUCCUUCCGCUCACCCUCCUCCCAUGACGCCACCAUCGUACUGGAGGACGUGGGCUUCGCCGACAUUGGAGUGUACACCUGCAAGGUGGCCACCUUCCCCCUGGGCAACACACAGGCCUCCACCACUGUCAGCGUGCUCGUGGAGCCCAAGGUGUAUGUGUCGGCUGGCUCGGUGGCUCUGAUCGACGAGGGCAAUGAAACCGUGGUGGCCACCUGCAUCGCUGAGCGGGCCCGGCCCCCCGCCGAAGUCUCCUGGGAGACGGACCUGUUUGGCCAUUCAGAGGUGACGCUGCAGGACGAGGCCAACGGCACCACCAGCACCCAGGUGCACUACCUGUGGCAGCCCACCCGCCACGUCCAGGGUCACGCCCUCACCUGUGUGGUGCGCCAUCCUGCCCUGCACACAGACUUUAGGAUCCCCUACCAGCUCAACGUGGAGUAUGCCCCAGACAUUGUGGUGGUAGGUUAUGAUGGUGACUGGCACGUGGGCCGCGAGAGCGUCCAGCUGACCUGCAAAGCCAAGGCAAACCCACCAGCCCACCACUUCAGAUGGAUCAGACUGGACGGGGACAUGCCAGAGGGGGUGGAGACACUGAACAGCACAUUGCUGUUUCUGAGGCCCCUCCAAAGGAAUGACUCUGGAGUCUACAGGUGUGAGGUUGCCAAUGCCAUCAACCUACGCAGCAGGGACCUGCGGAUACGCAUACAAGAUCCUCCCACCACCUCCAUGCCCUCCACCACCCCUGCGCCUGUCCUAACUGGCUCUGCCUCCUCCUCCACCUCUGUGGGAGACAAGCAACGGGUCCUCUUCACCUCCCCCACCCUGGCAGCCCUGCCCCCUGCCAACCAACUGGGCACCAUUGUGGGUGGAGCUGUGGGCGGCGCCUUGUUCCUCCUGCUGCUGCUAGUGCUGGGCGGGGUCUGUUACCUCCGACAACGACAGACCUUCCACGGGGACUACUACACUAAGCAGUACCUAGGGCCUUCAGACAUGCAGAAGGCUCCUCCACAGCACGAGCUCCACCCCUCCAAGCCUGCCAAUAAUGUUUUUGUAGACAAGGACCGCGAGGAGUGGGGCGACCGCGAACGCAACCACGAGCGGGACCGCGAGCGCCUCCACCUGCAUCCAACAUCAACAACCAUCAUGAACAGCCACAACCACAGAGAGCCAGAGCGCCAGCCUAAUGGCCGCACGAGGGCGAUGAGAAAUGGAGAACACCAUGACCACGACCACCUGCGUAGCUACCCCAGCCCCCACCAGACUAGCCAUGCCAGAUACGCUGCCCCACCACACCCGCUGAGCAACGGCUCCCCCUACUUGUCGGAUGACUGCUAUGACAGUGGGGCCGAGGGGGACUAUGUCUCUCAUAUGGACGGCUCAGUGAUCUCACGCAGGGAGUGGUACGUCUGACCCCACCACCACCACCAGGCACGCUACCCUACCAACAGACUCUGCCACCAGAGAGAAGAGACAACGCUGCAGAAAUCACAGGAGGAUUUCAUACAUUAUUCAACAAAAGAGAAUACUCACACGUUCUGCCUCUCUCUCAAGAUGUCAUACAUUUUGGCAUCAUCUCCUUAGUUCCCUCUCUUUUUCAACAUGGUUUGUCAUUUCUCAGUUAUUUUCCCUUGAUUUUGAUCGUCAUCAUGGAAGGUGUGGAUUGCCUAGCCACACUGUGGACAUGCCUUCAUUCUGCACUAGAGGGCAAAUCUGUGUUUACUAGCUAAUGUGGGGUGGGGGUGGGGGGCCCAAAGAAAGAUUAAGUAGGAAGGGAAGAGAGAAAUCAAAAAGUGGAGAGUAUUUCUGGCACAUACAAUAUUAUUUGGUACAGUACAAGGAUAGCAUGGUUACAAAUCACACAACAUUAUACUCAUUAUGUGRUGUCCCACACGUGUGUGUGAGUGUAUUAUGAGUACCAGUGCCAACUUUGUCAGUAGAUGCUGUCAUUGCAGCAGGAUGUCAUAGGCUAGAACUAAGUCUGCAAUGUUAUGUAUCAGUGUGGUGGUCUGUCUCACUGUCUCAGAUAGCAGUACCGUAAUGAUAACUAAUGAGUUAGAACUGGGUUUUAGUUAACCUUUAUCACCUUUUCAUAUAGCGAUUUUCAGCCCUAUAUAGAAUAUAAAAAAAUAUGAAACAAUGACAGAUGAGGGGUGGCUGUAUAAUGCAUUCUCUAAUGCCUGUAGUAAUAGAGUACGAUUAGUAGACUGCAGGGUCCCGUGUGGCUCAGUUGGUAGAGCAUGGUGCUUACAACGCCAGUGUUGUGGGUUCUAUUCCCACUGGGGACCAGUACGAAAAUAUAUGUACUCUGUAUAAGAGCGUCUGCUAAAUUACAAACAUUUUAAAUGUAGACCGUCUAGAAAACAGUGAAUGGGGCAUAAUAAUUUUUGCUUCAGUUUUGUUAUUUCAUCUGUAAUACUGUGAAGUAAAUAGAGAUUAUUCAUGGUUCUCUAUCAUCUAGUGAAAUUUCCUCUGUUACGCACUGCUCUGGGUUCAGUUAUGUGACCAGUGCCUUAUCCCAGAAGAGCAGUAAAGUGAGUAGUAAAGUAACUUAAAAAACUAUGAUAGUGUUAUUUUUGCAGACAGAAGUGCAAGGUCUGUUUGGUCCUCUGUUGAGAGAGAUUUGUUUGUUGCCUUUCUUUUCUACUUUUUUCCCACUGUGUUUUGAUUGAGGGAUUCUUUUUGUGCCAUAUCCUCUUUUCUCUCUCUAAGCCAUGAAGUUUGACGAUGGCAUUAUUUUUGCUCACACAAUGAAUGACAUUUGCAACGUCUUCAAGUUGCAAAACACCUGAACAAAGCUGAUCUAAGCUAAAAGGGUGAUUUAAUUUAAUUAUUGCACAGUUCCUGUAUGUCCGUUUUCUGUUAGGGCAGCAGAGUUAAGUGUGCAUGGUAUAUAAGAAAAUGAUGGUGGGGAUUUCCAGAUUCCAGAAUGUUUUGUUUAGUUUUUGUACAAAGUGAGAGAAUGGAGAGUGAAGCGCACUAGUGCACCUCACCAGGGUUGAUCUCCAACCGUAUUUCACAUUCUCCUUGCAAGCACCUUCAUGUUAUUCAUGUUUGUUUUGUAUACAAGGGAAGAGCUAAUGUAAGAAAAAAUAAAGAAAAAUGAAUGCAAGAAAAAAUAAUUGAAAAUAAUCACAUGCUGUAUCAUCUACAACCACAAGCAUUAUUUUGUAAAUCUUUUUUGAGAUACUUUUGUUUUCAAUAAAGCACCUUUUUUCUGUGUCGCA